AUGGCGCCCCUGCUCCUUUUGCUUCUUCUGCCCUUCCUGGCCCACACCGCCGUCGUUACGCCCUUGAGCGCAUUAACCACUGUGCCCCCACCCCCUCUCUCUCUCUCCCUGUGGCCAUAUGACUUGAUUGACUCACGCUUGUUCCUGGGCGCUACGCAAAACGGCCAGCUCAAACUGACUCUCACCCCCGAGUUGUUGCUACACGCCGAGGAUGACUCGCACAAGCUGACUGCCCCCGACAACGCCACGCACGCGUGCGACCUGCAUUGCACCGACAUCCCCAACACGGCUUCACAAGCUCAGCGGGAUUUCUGUGAACGGCGUUGCAGCCCUCAACACCGCCAACGUCGCUCCGGUUGCAUCGCCGACGGUGGUCACAGUGCCUGCUCUUCAGACACUUUUUGCGAUUACUGUGACUGCCGGGACAUUGAGAGCUUCGACUACGCCUGCCCUGCAAAAUGCUCGGCUGAUGAAGGUGAUUACAUUCAAGUCACUCUGCCCACCGCCUCGGAUGCGGCCGCAGCCGGUUAUUACUUUGGGCUUGAAUGGCGUGAAGUUGGUUCCGUCGACGAAUACAUCACGGCUUAUUUGGUCCCUAAAAAUUCAGUGACGCCCAUGUACACCAUUGUGACCUGGAUUGACAAGCGCGUGGGCCAAUACUACGGCUGGCGCAUGCCCGAAACCACGCCGGCGGGUGAAUACUGGGUUGCCAUUGUUUCAGCCCAUGAUCCCACAACCGUCAUUGGCACUGGCCCUGCUUACUCCACGUCCCUCGGAGAUACAGGCUUUGAAGUGAUUCCCUACUACUGUGAAUCCCAUGACGACUGCGAUGGUGAUGAAUACUGCGAUGCUUAUGGUUCCUGCUGGCUUUGCAAGGACUGCUUCCUGGAGCGUGACAGCUUUGAUGGCGCAUGCCCAGCCCACUGUGGUGGAAACACUUUUGCGCAUGGCACGGCUUACCCCACCGCCGACGAGGCGACAGCCGUGGGCAGUGACGUGGACAUUAUCCGCCCCGGUUGCCCAGCCUACCAGGCUUUGCAAACUUUGCGCGCGCAAGCUGGGCUGUCCUUUGCCCCUUCGUCUGGCAACAUGUACCCCAACGUUGUCUCUGCUCGCAUGGCAUCUCGCCUCAAAGUCCUUGCCAACCUCGUGCCCCGCGUAUUUGGUGAAAGCGCUGCCGUGCUGGUCCUCGAUGCCUAUCGAGCUGCCCCGCUGGUUGCAGCCGAGGCCACUUUGCACAACACAGGCCGUGCAGCCCUACUCACCGUCAUCAAUGUCACCGCCUCCCUCGACGAUGAGCUGGCUGCGCUUGCCUCGGUCUGCGCUGAUGCCGGCUUUGACUAUGUCCUCUACAAUAGCUCUGCUGCCAUUUACGUCUCGGUCAUGGAGGACUCUUGCGACCGUCCCAUGGACUUGGCCUUCUUGAUCGACGCCUCGGGCUCCAUCGACAAGCCAGAGUAUGGUGGUCGCAAUGGCACCUUCUCCCAGCGCGUCAUUCCCUUUGUCAAGAACGUCGUCCGCAACUUCAACGUCUCGUCGGAACAAACCCGCGUAUCCGUCACCACGUUCUCCUCGGGCUACAACAUCUCCUUCUUCUUGGACGAGCACUCUGACCUCAACAGCGUCCUUGCUGCCGUCGACACUAUUGCUUACACGGGAGGCGGAACCUACACCGCGGCUGGACUAGAGGCCAUCCGCACCCAGGUCUUCACCGAAUCCAAUGGCAUGCGCCCCGCCAGCGAGGGCGUCCCUCGCGUUCUCAUUGUUGUGUCCGACGGUGCCGCGUCGGCGGGCUAUGAGCCCGCCUCGGAAGCUGCCCUUCUUCACGAAGAUGACGUGAACGUCAUUGCCGUGGGUGUCGGCAAGGCCAUGAAUCUGAACCAGCUCCGAGACAUGGCCACCGGCAGCGGCGACAGCAACUUGUACACCAUCAAGUCGUUUGAUAAAAUCUCAGCCAUUGUUGAUGAAAUGAGCUCGGGCGCUUGUGAUGAACCUGCGAUUCUGGCCACGGGUCUCACCAUUGAAGCCACGGUCCAGGCCUGUGAAACGCUCUUUUACAAGCCCCAGUGUGCUGAUCAGAACAACGUUCGCCUUGAGCUGACCAGCGCUACGGGUGCCGUCAACCUCUACGCAGCCCGCUCCACCCAGACUCCCACGGAAGCGCGUCACGAGUACGCCAGCACGGGCUCUAGCCAAGUCAAGUCGAUCGUGGUCGAACCAAAUGAGGAUACCCUCUACGUCGGCAUUCACGGCACUGCCCUGGUGCCUGAGAGCUUUUCCCUGACCGUGUGGACAGACGUCUUUAGUGGCACCGCCGACCCUGUCAUCUCCCGUGCCGAGAAUGCUCCGAUUGGCUCGAUCGUCUACACCCCCAGUGUUGCCAUUGCUGGCACCUUCACCUUCUCCUUCGCUGGCUCCGUCUCGGCUCUGGCGACUUUUGCUGUCAAUGCCACGUCGGGCGUCAUCACCCUCAUUGCCCCUCUGGACCGUGAGGUGAUUGACGUGUACACCCUGCAGCUCGUGGCUCAGAGCCAAACCCUCGAGUGUGUCAAGGGCAGCGUUGACAUAACAGUACAGAUCGCCGAUGUCAACGAUAAUGCCCCCGUACCCUUGAUCCCGAGCUACGAUCUAAGCAUCGCGGAGAACGCAGCCGUCGGUACCCUUGUCACCCAAGUGCUUGCCACCGAUGCUGAUGCUGGAGUCAAUGCAAACCUUGCCUUCAGUAUUCCUGCCAACGUCAUGGCCUUUGCCAUGGACGGCACCACCGGCCGCCUUACCGUGGCCAGUCCCCUCGACGCCGAAACCCAGAGCACGUACACGUUUCAGGUGACAAUCGCCGAUGGCGGGGCACCAGCCCUCGUCACGAGUGUCCCCGUCACCAUCACCGUUUUGCCCGUCAACUGCUCUGCUGGCAGCUUCAGCACCACUGGCACGUACCCCUGCACGGCCUGCCCUGCUGCCCACUACCAACCGGGCACGGAUCGUACCCAAUGCCUAGCCUGCGGCUGCCCUGCCAACUUUUACCGCCAAGGGUCUUGCACUGCCUCCUCGAAUUACAACUGCCUGGCGUGCCCGGCCAAUUCCGAGGCGGCCGCGGGCGCGACCCAGCUCUCACAAUGCCAGUGUUCCAGCGGUUAUUAUCGCUUUGCCUUGGGCGCCGGGAGCUUUGAAUGUCGGCCCCAUGUCACAAAUUGCGCUGAUGGGCAGUAUUUGACCGGUGAGGCCACUUCUACCUCCACCCGUACUUGCACCGAUUGCACCCGAGCCAGCAGCUGCGGGCCCAGCGAGUACCUGGCGGGCACUUGCAGUCUCAGCUCGAACACCGUUUGCACCUCGUGCUCGACCUGUGCCGCUGGAACUUUUGUGGCCACCGCCUGCGCCGCCAAGGCCGACACUGUGUGCGCCCCCUGCACGGAUUACGACAGUGAUUGCGCCGCCAAUCAGUAUUUGACCCACCUGUGCAGCUCCACAAACACACUGUCCAAUCCGACUUGCCAGGACUGCAUCACCAGCUGCGGUUCGGGUCGCUACCUCACGGGCACGUGUGGUGGCGCCGACGGCACGGACUUUCCUUCGUGCGCGGAUUGCACGCCUUGCGCUGCCGGUCGUGAGUAUCAGGUGCAAGCCUGCAGUGCCUCUGCCGACCGCGUCUGCGCGCUCUGCACGACCGAGUGCGGAGACGGUCAAUAUCUCUCCGGACCCUGUACCGUGACUGGCCCUGCGCCGACGUGUGUUGACUGUGUCACCGAAUGUGCUGCGGGAGAGUAUCUGACCUCCGAUCCCUGUGGUCCCACGAGUGGCCCGGUCUGUGCUGCCUGCGAUCCCAGCUGUGCCACUUGCACCGGUCCCCUUGGCAACGAAUGCACCGCGUGCCAAGGCGAGCAGCACCUCACCCCGAGCGGUACCUGUGCGGACGACUGCCCCGAGGGAUUCUUUCCCCUUGAAGGUGUCUGCACUGCGUGCGACACGCUAUGCAGUUCGUGCAUCAACGCCUCCUCUCACGGCUGUGUCAGCUGCGAUGACCUUGCAUACCUCCAUGAUGGCGGCUGCGUUGAGACCUGUCCUGCUGGAACUUGGGCGAAUGACGCCACUGGGAGUUGCAGUCCUUGUUCAACGUGUGCUGAAGAUGAGUGGCAGCAAUCCGCCUGCUCCGCGACCAGUGAUGCUAUCUGCAAGCCCUUGCUCGAGUGCGAGGCUGGAGUGGCAUUUGAGUUGACCGCACCCACACCCACGACGAACCGACAAUGCCAGGUGUGCCGCUCCUCUUGCCCUGCCGGCCAAGAGCUGACCGGUGAUUGCAUCACCAGCGAUCGGGAGUGUGCUUCGUGCCCCAACCAGACCUACAAGGCGAUGGCCGGCGCUGGCGCUUGCGAACCCUGCUUGACGGUGGGUGCUUGCAGUGAUGGAUACUAUCUUGCCGGCACGUGCAGUGAUGGCGUGUCUUCAACGCAUUGUGCAGUGUGCCCCACCUGCGGUGCCGGUACCUACCGUGUGGGCGAAUGUGGCGGCACCAGCUCCUCGACCUGUGCCCCUUGUGACGAGUGCGGUCCGGGUGAGUUUCAGGUGUCACCUUGCGCCAACGAGCAGAACCGCGAGUGCGCCGCGUGCACCACGGCGACCGAUUGCAUCACUGGCCUUGAGUACCUGGCCGGCACCUGUGGUGGUACCUCCACUCCCACUUGCACUGCUUGCCCGACAGCUGAUCAAUGCGCCAUCGGGGAGUACUUGGCGGGAUCGUGCACCACUGAUGGUCCACCACCCGAGUGCACCACCUGCACGCCAUGCGCUGCUGGUGAACACGAGGUUUCGCCCUGCACGGCUACCAAUGACCGCGUCUGUGCCCCCUGUGUGGCCAAUUGCCCCUCGGGUCAAUUCCUGACCGGCAUCUGCCCUGGAGAUCAAAGCACCACCUUUGCCCGCACGCUGGUCGUUGAUGGUAUCAGCUUUGCCGUCCUAGACGGCACUGACCCAGCUAGCAGUGACAUUGCUGGCCAAACUGGCGCCCAUACCUUGCCGGCUGGCUGGUCCUUUGCUGCCGCCAUCUCCGCCAGCAGUGCUCAGAUUGCCUCGGCGGCCGCACAAGCCGCUUGGGGAACCACUUGCGUCGCCAUCGCAGGGGAUGAGGCCUUGCAAACAGCCCAGGGUACUAGCCCGGGCACUGCUUGUGCCUGCGAGCCCGCCGAUUCGUAUUUCACUUUCCUUUCUCAGACGAGCCAAGCGGUGCCAGGAAGCUGCCAAAUGCGCAUUCUCGUGGCCUUUGUCCCUCCCGCUUGCUCUGCUUGCACGGCCGAGUGCGGGGAAGACGAGUUCCUCGACGUUAUCUGCUCGGGUCGUCAAGACAGCGUCUGCCGCCCAUGCACCGUCUGCACGGCGGGUGAGCAGUAUGAAGCAGAGGCCUGUGCGCCAGCUGGUCCGGGCACGGCUGAUCGCGAGUGUGUAGACUGCACCUCGUCGUGCGCGGCUGGUGAGUAUCUGGAUGGCACCUGCACGGCAUACACCACGCCAACUUGUGAGGCCUGUUUGACCUCGUGCCCUGCGGGCUAUUGGUUGGAGGGCACUUGUUCGGGUGGUGCGGACCAUCCCACUUGCCAACACUGUACCGUCUGCCAGUCUGGCGUUGAAUUCUUGACGGCCAGCUGCACCGCCUCCUCUGAUGCAAUCUGUGACACGUGUCUCACGGCCGAUGACUGUGCCGGCAAGAACCUGUUCCUCGCGGGAACUUGUGGCCCAACCAGCGGUACCACGUGUGAACCUUGCGUGACGAGCUGCACAAACGGUGAAUAUCUCGCUGGCGUCUGCGAUGACGGCCUUGAGAAGACGUCCUGCGAGGCUUGUCAUGCUAGCUGUGAAACUUGCAACGGUGCUGGCGCAAGCGCCUGCACCACGUGUCCCUCGAACAUGGUCCUUGUGCGCAACGCACUUGACUCGGCUGGCCACUGCACCAGCGAAUGCCCCAACGGACAGGCGGCCGACGCUAACGAUGAGUGUCAGGACUGCGAUGACAGCUGUGCAAAUUGCGCACUGCCUGCCAAUGCCAGCGCAUGCACAUCGUGCCCCAGUGGAGCCCCCUUCUUGACCGCUGAUGGCACAUGUGUUGCAACUUGCCCCAGCGGCUAUUUCGGUCAUACGGGCCUUGGCCAGUGCCAGCCGUGCGGUGAAUGCGAUGCAGAACAAUACAUUGCCACACAAUGCGGCAGCACCACCGCCACCGUCUGUGCCGACUUGACGGUGUGUGAGCCCGGCACUAGCCAAGACCAAGCCGCAACACCCACGACGGAUCGCACUUGCGCGCCUUGUGCUCAAGGCACCUUCGCUUCAUAUUCCGGGGCUCUGGCAUGUGCUGAGCACACCGCUUGCAUCGCCGGUGUCACCUUUGCGUCGCAAGCCCCAACCACCUCCAGCGACCGUGUAUGCACUUCCGUUGCACCUGCGUGCACUUCUCAACAGUAUGAGACGGCCCAUCCGACACUCACUAGCGACCGGACCUGCGCCACCCUCACAACUUGUGGCAUUCAUCAGUUCGUCAGCCAGCGUGCUACGGCUUCAACGGACCGCUCGUGCACCAACUACACGGUCUGCAGCAGUUCAAUGUAUCAGAGCGUGGCCCCCACGGCCACCACUGAUCGCGCUUGCGCUGACGUGACGACUUGCUCUGCUACACAGUACGAAACUGCAGCCCCGGACGCCAGCAACGAUCGCCAGUGCGCUGACGUGUCGGCACCCUGUGCUGCCGGUGUUGCGUUUGAAACGGCAGCGCCAACCGCCACAUCUGACCGCACUUGCCAAAGCUACAGCCCAGCGUGCAGCGCCCCGGCUUCCUUUGAAUGCACGGCGCCAACGCCGACGAGCGAUCGUUUGUGCUGUGCCACUACACCAUGCGCGGCCUCGCUUGAGUACCAGGCUGCUGCGCCCACAAUGUCCACGGAUCGCGCGUGCGCCAAUGUCUCAGCCUGCGACCCCGAAUCCUUUAUCAGCAUGCCUGCAACACCCACCUCAGACAACGUUUGCGCGGCCGCCACGGGAUGCGAACCCUCUGAGUUUGAGAGUGGCGCUUUGACGGCCACUUCAGAUCGCGCUUGCACUGAGUGUGCAGUAUGCGAUGCUGUUUCCACGUACACCCUGGCCAACUGCAGUGCCUACGCUGACACGCAGUGCGCUCCUUGUUCCACGUGCGGUCUAGGCUACUUUGCCGCAGACGACUGCUCACCUUUUGCUGACACGCGCUGCCAAUCUUGUGCAGACUGCGGAGCAAAUCAGUUUGUUGCCACGGCAUGCAGCAGCACGGCCAAUACAGUCUGCAGCGACUGCUCCAGCUGCGCAGCUGGUGAGUACCGUGCUGCCAGCUGCAGUGACAGCUCUGACACCAUCUGUCACACCAUUUCCACCUGUACCGCAUCUGAGUAUGAGCGCCAUGCGCCCACGACCACGUCCGACCGUGUCUGCUUGGCCGUCACCACUUGCACGAGCGCGCAGUUUGAGGCCUCCGCGCCCACGACCACCUCCGAUCGUGUCUGCCUGGACGUGCGCAGCUGCUCCUCUCCGCAGCUGUACGAGGCAGCAGCUCCCACUGCCACCUCGAACCGUCAGUGCGCCUUCCUGCGCAACUGCACGGUGGAGCAGUACGAGUCUGCAAGCCCCACCCCCACGUCAAACCGUCAGUGCACCCCGUUGACCGAGUGCAACUUUGGCGAAUUUGUUGGCACCGUCCCGUCAGCAACCAGUGACCGCGUGUGCGUGCCCUGCCCGGCGGGCACUAUUGAUCACGAUAGCAUGCCCGAAACUGCCUGUCAACAGCUGCCUUCAGGCUCGUACGCGCCCGCCGGCUCCUACGGCACCCCGGCCAGCUUUGUGUGUGCGCCCGGCUCGGCGGAUACGGAUGCCAACCCGGCUACUGCUUGUGCUGGCUGCUCUGGCGAGACCUACCAGAAUCUGGCCGGCCAGACCUCGUGCAAGGCAGUCGCCCAAUGCUUGGCUGGUGAGGAAGAGAGUCGUGCACCAACACCGACAUCCAACCGUCUUUGCGACGAGUGCAUCGUGGGCGUGACCUUUAAAGCCGUUGCUGGACAGGCUGUGGGCUGUGCCAACGUAUCUCAGUGCGCGGCUGGAGAGCAACAGCUUGCUGCUCCAACGCUCAUCUCAGAUCGCACGUGCGAGGCUUGCCCAGCCGGCACCAGCAAAUCAGAGCCUGGACAGGCUGUUGAUUGCGAGGCUCACCAGGUUUGCGUGGCUGGCGAAUACGAGACUGCGGCCCCCACGAGCUCUACGGAUCGCGCUUGUGCCGCCUGUGACGCAGGAACCACCGACGACGAUGGUGUAGCCACGACCCCGUGCCAAGCCUGCUCUGCAGGAACUUUUGUGCCCGCGGGACAAGCUGGCUCUUGUGCCAGCCUCCGCUGUGCCCUCGGUUGGGCUGAUAAGGAUGAGGAUCCCACCACAGCGUGCGAGGCGUGUACGGGUGGCGUCGACUUUGCCGACGAACGCGGAGCCACGGCGUGUCAGCCUGUGCAAGCGUGCGCGGCAGGUACCACCGAGGGCAGCGCGCCCACCACUUCAGCCGAUCGAGAGUGCGUAGCAUGCCCCAGUGGCACCUUCAAGGCUGAUUCGGGAUCGGCAGCUUGCAUUCCUCAUACCAACUGCACGCAGCUUGGCCAGUACUACGCCGCCGUUGGCACGGCUACGGCGGACAGCCAGUGUGCCCCGUACACGACCUGCCAAAUGUGGCAGUAUGAGCUUCUGGCACCCACGUUGUUCCAGGAUCGUCAGUGCCAGAAUACAACGACAUGCACGGUGCUGGAGUUUGAGUUGAGCGCUGCCACGGCAACAUCAGAUCGUUCUUGCGACGCCCUCUCGCCGCCUUGCACCUCCAACCAGUACGAGGCACUGGCACCUUCAGCCACAUCCGACCGUGCCUGCGCGCCGCUGACCACGUGCGCAAGCUCAACUGAGUAUGAGCAGGUGGCGCCGACUAGCAGCACCGAUCGCGCCUGCGCCAGCCUGACCACGUGCGCCUCGGAUCAGUACGCCUGCCUUCCAGCAACGCCCACUUCGGACCGCAGCUGCUGCGCUGUCCAGACCUGUCUCGCCAAUCAAUACGAGUUUCGCAGCCCCACUGCUACCAGCAACCGUGUGUGUGCUUCCUGCUCGGCCUGCACCACUGGCUACUAUGAGUUUGAGGCUUGCAGUUCAGGCAGCAACACCAACUGCCAGGCCUGCACAACGUGUGCCGCGGGUGCCUACGAGACCCAGCCUUGCCAAGGUGGCUUGAACCGUGAAUGCAGUACCUGCACUGCGUGCGUGCCAGGCUCGACCUACGCUGCUACUCCGUGCAGCCCCACCCAGAAUCGGGCGUGCAGUCCUUGCACCCCCUGCGCCACGGGCGAGUAUCGUACCGCGCUCUGCACGGUGGAUGCCAACACGGCGUGUGCGCCUGUGUCCCCUGCGUGCGAUACAUCCUCGGACUUUGAGCUUGCUCAACCCACGACGACUACCGAUCGCGUGUGCCAGGCUCUCACUGAGUGCAGUGCGACACAGUACGAGUGCCAGGCCCCCGAUGAGCGCCAUGACCGUCAGUGCUGUGGUAUCAACACCUGCAGCAGCGGCUACACAGCUACCACGGCUACGGCUACCUCGGACGCACAGUGUGCCGACCUUACCGAGUGCGAGGCUACCCAAUAUCAACAGGUGGCUCCCACCGCCACUUCAGACCGCGUGUGCACCAGUCUGACGACAUGCACGGAAAACGAGUACCAAGCCACGGCCCCUGGCCCGUCUAGCGAUCGCAUCUGCCUGCUGCUGAGCACUUGCGGGGCUGGCGAAUACGAGUGCGUGCCCGCCACCGCAACCUCCAAUCGCCAGUGCUGCGUGCAGCCUCUUCAAGCCCAACCGCCUGUGCCUCGAUUUGAUGUGGAACGUGCCUUUGUGGCUGGUACGCCGGUCUUGGGUGCUUCGGCCUCUACCGGCAGUUUCAGCUACGAAGCCAGCGCUGACUUGACUGCUACAGCUGGCUUGCCCGUGACCUCCGAGUACGAGGUUUCGGCUACAAUCGGUGAUGUCACAGGCCACGCAACCAUCAACAUGGGUUUGCCUGCUGCUGCUCGCGUCGAGGCCAUUCUGGCCAUGGAUGGCGACGUUUUCCCCGAGCAGCCCUUGGUCACGGUGGCUUUUGCCGUGUCCGAUGCCAAUGGCGGCGCUCAGGUCACUAGCACUGACGUCGCACUCGUGCUGGUGCACAGUGACGGCGUAUCGGAAGUCACAGCCACCUGUAUCACGGACGCUGCGACCGGCACGUGUGUGGCCCGGCAUGCCGUUCCUGCUCACUGGUUUGCCCCAACCAUCACCACGCUAACCGUGCGUUAUGGCCUUGCCAGUGCGGGUUCCGCUGGUCUGGCCACCCUGCAAACGGUUACACUGCAACCAACGCGUAGCCCGGCCGUUGUGGAGGACGUUUUGCUGGCCCUCCCUCGUGACAACGUCUACGCUGGCGACACCUUUGUUGUCAGCGCACACGCUAAUUUCAGCUCCUCCGUCAACGCCUGGGCCCUCACCAUGACGCUCGGCGAGGGUCUUGAGCUAGUGGGCGUGGAGUAUGACCACGUUCUCUGGCGUGCAACGACCAGCAUUCACUCGCUCAACCGCGGCCUCGCGGCCGUGGGACAGCUGGCAUCCUACGACAACGCUGCCCUCACUUCUUCGGUGCUCUUCAACGUCACCGUUCGCGUGACGGCUGCCGUUGUCGAUGCCGACGUGGCCAUUGACUGCGCUGUCAAUCACGUGGCAACCGUUGAGGGCGGCCAUGUUCUGCCCGGCGGGCGUACCGCCAGCUCACGUCGUCCCACUUUUGCUGAUCGCUACGGCGUGCAGUCUGCCGUUGCCGGCCGCGUAUAUGUUGCCAGCACCGCCGACCUAGGUCUCUUUGUCGUACCCGACACGGUCAAUCUGUUCAACACGGCAUUCUUGGACGGUCACGACGUCAGUGCGACCAUGGCAAUUCUUGGCGUCACACGCCAGGGCACCCUGCGCAGCAUCACCGAUGGCAUCACGUGCUCCAGCGAGUCGAGCUUGGUCACGGCCUCUGUUGAUUGCCGCACGCUUUCUCUGACUGCGGCCAGCGCCACCACCGUUGAGCCUUCGCGCAAUGUUGUGUUUAACGUGGGUGACAACUCAAAGUCGACACAGGUGCGCGUGUGGAGCCCAAGCACGUUUGCCAUGACCGUCUCCGACGACGAGCUGAGCCCGGUGCAAGGCUGGCUGGAUGCUGACAAUGGCUGCCAGCAAGUGUACCAACGAGCCGCCGUGACCGUGCGUGCCAACUUCGAGGCCCAAGGCAGCAGCGCCAUCACCGACGCCGACGUGACUGCCUUUGUGCAGCUCCACUCAAGCGAUGCGGCCACAGCUGGCGUAACGCCCGUUCUGCACGGCAGCCACAUUGUCGGGUAUGACGUACAAGGCGUGGCACCAGGCACCGUGAUCGUGGAGGCGCGCACUAGCUCCGGCACCACCUUGGCGUCAGAGGCCGUCACUGUAACGGCAACGCCUGUUUUGCCCACUCGCCUUGAUCUGACCCCAGUGGCGCAGAUUCGCGUCACCGUACCUGGUUUCCAGCGCGGAAGUGAUGGCAUUGCCCAAGCGACCGUGGUCUCGAACCUAACAACAGCGGCCCCGCGCGCCUAUGUACACGCCACCCUCAUUACUUCGGACUCGCAGCGCCAAGCGUUGACUAUCGAUGAUGGUCUUGCUUUGACGACGAGCAGCGCCAGUCUGCGGGUGGAUGGACAAGCCAUCAUUGGCCAAAGCCGCUCCAAUGGUGCCCUCUUUACGGCGUCGUGGACGACCGCUACCUGUGCCGCAGCUGCUUCGCUUCAAAGCACGGUGCAGGUUGUUGUUGACCUGCCGGCCGUGGCCAGCAUCACUCUUGCCGCGAGCUCCACAAGCCUGCGGGCUCCUGGUUCCGUUCUCGCCAGCCUGGCUGCCACCUCGCACCCGAGCUGGGUCGAUGUGUCAGUGACCGUGGCGUUGACGGACGGUACUUCACGCCCCGCCGUAGCAGCGGAUGGCAUCAGCCUGUCCGCUGCCCCGGGUGGCAUUGUAUCCGUGUCGAACCUGCGCGUGACGGCGGCCACGGUCGGCGCCACUGUUGUGACCGCCACUGCUGGCAACGGAGUCAUCGCCACCCUCAACUUUGCCGUGGUUGAUGCAGCCUCGUACACGGUCGCCUGUGAUGAUGUGACAGGUCAGUCUGUGACGGAGCUACGCACCGUGCAUGCCAACGGCUUCUACGAAGCGUGUGAGGUCAAGCUCACCGCUUCGUUAACGGAUGGCUCCGAAUUAACAAAUCUUGCUGCCGAGGCGGCUUGGUCGGCUAUGCCUGCUUCUGCCGGCUCUUUUGUCGCGGGUUGGUGGCGACCGAGCCAGCUUGGCAGUGCAACGCUCACCGCUUCCUUGGUCGGCACGGCGCUUGGUUCAAUUGCUUUGGACGUUGUUUCAACCACGGUGGCUGUGACCGGCAUUUCUCUCGAGCUGCCGACUCACGUGUCAGGCGAAUACGAUGCCGUGCAAACGCUGCCGUUCAGCGUCACGCUCGAUGAUGGCACCGUGAUUACAUCUCCCCAAACCCCUUUCCUCCCAGGCAACCUCUUGGCCGCCUCGGUUAGUGGCGCAGGUGCCGCUGCCGUGGCCGUGACCGCUUCGGGGGUAGCUGACGCCCUGGCUCUACGAUUGAUUGGCUCAAGUUCCGCCCCGUUCACUUUGGCUGUGGCCACGACGGCCGGGACCCCGGUGAGCUCCCAGAUGACAGAUGUUGUCGUCAAUUUGUUGCCUGGCGUACACGACGCAGACCUCGGUACCGCCAACGGCUUGCCUCUGGGUCAACCGCAGGUUGGUCAGAGCCAGGUGGCCGACCUGCGCAUCAACGUGGGAACCGAGUCUUUGGUGGAAGCGCGUCUGCGGGUGACAUUUUCAGAGCACGUGCGUGUCCUCAGUGUGUCGCGUGCAGCGGCUACAGUGGAUGGCACUUUCACGACGGUGGUGGGAUCAACCGGUGAGGUGACGAUUAUUGCAGCGCCCGCCUCGAGCGCCACCGGUGUCGUGUCGCUGGGUGGCCUCACUUUGGCCAUGGACAGCGCCGGCGAUGCAUCCGUGCUCGUAUCCAUCCUGCGACUUGAAACGUCAGCAGGUGUCGUGGUGCCCAGCUCGGCGCCUGUGGACGCUGUUGCUGCUUCGUUUGACUUUACCGUCAGCGGCGACAGUGGAGAUCGACGCCGCCGUGAUGUUGCCACGACCGCCUGUGCCAACCCUCCCUGCGCCUCAUGCGCGGGUGGUGCGGCACACCAAUCGGGCGACGUGGACGGCAACUGCAUUUUUGAUGCCAGCGACAUCACAUACAUCCAAACAGUUGCGCUCGCCACCCUGCUUGACCCGGCGUUCCCCGACACGCUAUUGCAAAACCAGCAGGCCAACCUCGAUGCCGAUGGUGACGGAAGCUUUGAUAUGUCAGAUGCCGAUUAUUUGCUCCGGGUGUACUCACGCCUGAUUUUCUUUGUGCACGACUUGACUGUGGCCCCUGUCUCAACGGAUUCGGGCUGUCGCCUCACCAUCUCAGCCUCGGUGGUCGGUCGCAGUGACUUGCCUGCCAGUGCUGCCUCGGUGAACCUUUUCUUCGACGUCGAAUCAACUCUGGGUGGCUUCAGCUCCCUGUUUGCGGCAAGCGAACUGGAGGUUGGCAGCGUGUUUGCCUCCACCAAGGGUGCCAAUCAUCAAGGAGGGCUGUGGCAGGCCGCCGCAGACGUCGAGACGCCGGGCCGGUUCCUCGUCAUCGCGCGUACCCCAAUGAACCUGACGGGCGAGUCAGGCAUUACCGUCAUCCAGGCCUCGUCGCCCUACUCGUCAGCCAGUACUGGCAAUAGCAGCAGUGGCAGUGGUGGCACCAUCAACGUAGGAACCGAUUCGUCCCCGGGUGGUGGCUCUACAAGCCUCACAACAAAUGCUCUGAACGGCCGUGUGCGCGUGACAUCAGGAGCCGGUGAUGCGCCAUAUGCUUACUCGCCUCUCAACAUUGAAGUAUCGGCGGGCAGUGCUGGUUUGGCCCGUGUAUCGCUGACCGAAGGCUACAAUCCGCUCGUGUUGUUUGAGAACGAUCUGGCCACAGGCACCUGCCACGCUCAGGCCGUCGUUUGUACUGCCAACGAGUAUGAGGUGGCGGCACCCACGGCUACGACAUCGCGCUCGUGCAUGCCCCUGACCACAUGCGCUGUUGCAACACAGUUUGAGUCUGUGGCGCCAACGAGCACAUCAGAUCGCUCGUGUACCAACGCCACUCAGUGCACGGUUGACGAGUAUGCUGCGCAGUCGCUGACGGCCACCUCGGAUCGCGUCUGCAAUCUGACCUCUGUUUGUGCGCCCGAGCAGUUGGUGUUCCGAGAAGUGACUGCGACCUCAGACCGUGUUUGCCGCAACAACGUGACCUGUGACGUGGGCUCUCAGUAUGAACAGGUCCCCAUGUCCCUCAGCACGGAGCGUGUAUGUGCUAACCUGACCGUGUGCAGCGAGUACCAAGACACAUUGGCCCAGCCUACCCCCACCUCUGACCGAGUGUGUGAAGACAUUGACUUCUGCGAGUCAAACCCCUGCCUCAAUGGAGGAGUCUGCGUCAGCCUGGAAGCCACCUUUGAGUGUGUCUGUCCUCAGGGUUUCACGGGCGACACGUGUGAGCUGGUGGACUACUGCUCCUACGACGACUACUGCGGCAUUGCUGCGGGCCGCGCCUCGGCGUGCAUCAACGACUAUGAGAAAGAGGCCAUCUUCUGCACGUGCACGGCAAACCAUGCUUGCGGCUGCUGCGACAGUGCGCCGAGCCCAUUCCCUUGGGUUGUGGACCAAUGCCCCAGCUGGACGCCUUCGCCGACGUUGGACAAGUCCUGUGAGUCCUUUGACAAGAUUGAGUCGGACGCUAGCCGUUCCAACUCGAACAGUGGCACCAACACCCUUCAGGAGAGCUCGGCGGCCAUUGCUGGGCUGGCUGCGGGCGUGGUUCUGGUGCUUUUGGUAUUGAUCUUUGUGGCGGUUCGCUACCGUCGCUCCCAGCGCUUCAAGCCGGAGGAUGACGACAUGACCACGUUGAUGAUGCACAACAAUCCCGUCUUUGAGCAGCCCGUGCCCGUGGAUGCCUACAUUGGCAGCCACAAGCGAGCAGCUGGCUUUGCUGGCAUGCGGUACCACGACAAUCUGCUGCAACUGGAUGAUGCCCAAGUGGGUGUGGUAUACGAUCUGCUUCAGCUUCCGCGCCCAGCCAAGUGCAUGCUGCAGCCGUUGCAGGGUCGCCUGGACAUGUUCCUCAACCGCUACGUGCCCCCUGCAGCCGCCGAACUAGGCUCCAUGGGCGAGGCUCACCCCAUGCUGGAGGAAAGCCUGGCCUAUCUUCUCUCGGCUCUUGUUGAUACGAUGAUGGAAGAAGCCUUGGACACCUCUGCCAGUCUUGCGCAGAAUGAGGUACCCGAAGCCGAGCGCGCCGUCCUUGCGUGGGCCGAGCCCGCCAAGAGGGGUCGCGCGCUUCGCAUCAAGGAUUUUGCGGGCAUGAAGCCCAUGCGCUGGAGUCCGUAUGUGGACCCGUCUACGGGCUUGCGCGAGGAGGCUGAGUACGAGGAUAUGUCUGCUUUCUUCAGUCGCCCUACAAUUCGUCGCAAGGGCGUCAUGGCCAACAACGGCUAUGACGUUGCUCUGCACGCGCAAAGCGGGGAGUAUGACUUUGCGUUGCCGCAAGACGAAACGACCUAUGAUCUCGCCGCCAAGACCGGCGGCGAUGUGUAUGACGUGGGAGCUCGGCUGCACGAGCCUUUGCAGGGCUUUGACGAAGCACCGUACUACAUGGCAUCUCCGGAAGCGACUUACACGGUUGCGUCUCCCGAGGUUACAUACUCAACGGCAACGCCGCAGCAUGGGCACGAUGACGACCGACGCUACUCAUAUGCAAGCGACGUUUACUCACAGCGCGGAAGCAACCCAUACCUCAACAAAACUGAUGACUAUGAACAGGCCAAUUACGGCAUGCCUUUGUAUGACGAUCAUGAUGACGACUAUGACGAUGCGUCCACGCUUCGGGUGCCGCAGCCCAACUUGGACGACGACUACGAUAACAUGGUAAACGCGCAUCAGGCAUCAGAACCGCAACGCUUGCAACAAGCUUCGCGCCCCAUCGAGGUGCGCCCGGGCUCGGUGCGCUAUUCGAAGCGUGAUUCAACCGCUGAUUCGGCCGAGAUUUAA